AUGACUUUCAUCGCUUACGAAUGGACGACUCCACUUACCUUUGAUUCUUCACUGAUUCCAGUUUUGCUUGGUCUUCUUCCUUCAGAUGUAUGUUCUCCUCUCACAGCUUCACCUGUGCAGUAUUGCUCAUCCGCACGCCAGCCAUCAAACCGAUCCGUGACAUCGAUGGACAGAAUUUUUUCUCCAAGAGUGGACAUUGUCUCUAUGUACGCUGAGAGAGGCAGGAAGCUUUUGAUGAAGACCAACAGGCGAAUGAUAGCUACUGAAGACGAAGAAGUCCGCUCUUUAAAAGAAAAGAUUAAGAGAAAUGCCAGGAUACAGCGUGAAAUGGAAGAACACAUCAAUGGGGAAAGAAGUUUCAUAGAGAGGAUUCCGUUAUUAUCUCAUAGAACGAAGAUGGACCACCUUGCUAAUCCAAAUGUCUUAACGAGGGCUCCGCUUCGACCUCCACAUAAAAGUGGUAAAAAUAGUGCAGAGGCAAUAAAUAAAGGUUUACGACUUUUAAGUAACAAAUUAAGCCAGUUGGAUAUGCAUCUUAAAAAACUCGAGGUCGGAAACGUAUCAAUGAAUAAUUCACGAGACGGCUGUAUAGAAGAAAUUGCACCGGAUCUUCAGAGUAUGUCUACAUACCGUUCUGAUGAAGAAGAAGAAGAACUCGAUCUGAACUACGAAGAAACCGCAGCUGCUAUGGGACCGAUGCCCGAAAUUGACAAAUUGGAUCUCAGUCUUCUUUCACCAUCUGUUGACGUUAGAAGACAAUUUAUCUCAAGCGAACUUCCGAAUCUAACCAAGACCUCGCCACAACGAGCCCUGACUCAACCAGAGUGGAUGAGACUUAUUCCAAUUGGGGAAACAAAUUCUUCUCGUUUACCUCUACUCCAGUACAGUCCACCAAAGCAAAGAGAAUCAAAGACCGAGAGAAGCACUCAGACAGAUGCAUUCAGAAGUGUGUCAUCGAAGACGGUCUCCACCACUGAUGAUGAGGGAAACCCAGCUGACAGUGGCUUCCUAGAUGAUAAAUCGCCUAAGAAAAGGAUUGAAAUCAUAAAACCAAUGUCGAGGGAAAAUAUCCAGGAAUUGCUCAGCCAGAUGUGA